AUGACUAAUACGCAGACAACAUCUAAGCCGUCUACAGAUGGUGGUCACAAGAAAGAAGAACAGAAAGAAGUUGAGGAUGUUCCAUUAGAUGAGGAAAUUCUUCGUUUAUCAGCGGAUGAUAUAAAGAGUCGAACACAUUUAGUAGAAAAUGAAAUUCGCAUUAUGCGAUCAGAAGUGCAAAGAAUUAGUCAUUCAGUACAGACGUUAAAGGAUCACGUUAAAGAAAAUACAGAACGUAUUAAAGUCAACAAAACUUUGCCGUAUUUGGUAUCAAAUGUUGUUGAGUUGCUGCUUUUGGAAGAACUUCAAGAAGAUGAGGGUGCAAAUGUUGAUUUGGACGCACAUAAAACUAAAUGUGCCGUUAUCAAAACAUCGACUCGUGCAACAUACUUUUUACCCGUUGUUGGUUUAGUGGAUCCGUCUGAAUUGAAGCCUGGCGACCUUGUUGGAGUAAAUAAAGAUUCAUACCUGGUUCUCGAGAAAUUACCUGCUGAAUAUGAUUCGCGGGUGAAAGCUAUGGAAGUUGAUGAGCGUCCAAAUGAACAAUACAGUGAUAUUGGUGGUUGUGAUAAACAAAUUCAAGAGUUAAUCGAAGCAGUAGUAUUGCCAAUGACUCAUAAGGAUCGCUUCCUUAAUCUUGGAAUACACCCACCAAAGGGUGUUUUGCUUUAUGGCCCACCAGGUACUGGUAAAACAAUGAUGGCUCGAGCAGUAGCCGCACAAACUAAGUCAACAUUCCUCAAACUGGCAGGACCUCAACUUGUGCAAAUGUUCAUUGGGGAUGGAGCGAAACUAGUUCGUGACGCCUUUGCUUUGGCCAAAGAAAAAGCGCCUGCCAUUAUUUUUAUUGAUGAAUUGGACGCUAUCGGUACUAAACGAUUUGAUUCUGAAAAAGCUGGUGAUCGUGAAGUACAGCGGACGAUGCUUGAGUUACUAAAUCAGCUAGAUGGUUUUCAGCCAAAUGAUGACAUCAAAGUCAUUGCCGCAACUAAUCGAGUCGAUGUAUUGGAUCCUGCUCUUUUGCGAAGUGGUCGUUUAGAUCGUAAAAUUGAACUUCCGAAUCCAACUGAAGAUGCUCGUGCACGUAUAAUGCAAAUUCACUCUCGUAAAAUGAACGUUCACAAAGAUGUGAAUUUUGAAGAAUUAGCUCGAUGUACAGAUGACUUCAAUGGAGCGCAGUGCAAAGCAGUUUGUGUUGAAGCGGGUAUGAUUGCUUUGAGACGUGAUGCUAUUGAAGUGGUGCAUGAAGAUUUUAUGGAUGCAAUUCUAGAGGUUCAAGCAAAGAAAAAAGCAUCUCUAUAUUACUAUGCGUAA